AUGGUUGGAUUAUCCCACCAAGACAUUGUCGAAUGCGACGAUCUACAUGUCAUUGAGCCGUGGCCGCUACACGAUUUCGAUCUGCCCUUGUUUAAAGCUGCUUACAGGGGCGACGAUGCCCAAGUCACCUUUCUAGUUGCGUCUGGUGUGGAUGUUAAUGCUCGUAGCAAAUGCAACCUUACACCGCUUCAACUCGCGAUCCACGGAGACCAGGCAGAUACCGUUCGUACAUUACUGUCUGCCGGAGCAGAUGCAACUAUACAGGAAGAAAUUGAACCAGUCUCAAUGCUUCAUGUCGAUGCUAUCAACAGAGCCGCAUGGCUUGCAUUCAUUAAUGCAGGAGCAAAAGCAACUACUAAAGACGCUGACCUGGACACACCUCUGCACUUCGCCGGCAAUCGUUGUUUUGCGGAGCUACUGUUCAAAUUCGGCGCAGACCUUUUUGCAAAAGAUCACGAUGGCUUUAUGCCGCUUCACAUGGCCUGUAGAGACCGGCGCCUGGAUGUCGCUGAGUUUCUUCUCUUGAAAGGGGCCGCGGUUGACGCGACUACAACCACAAAGCAAUGGACACCACUUCUGCUCGCCACAUAUCCAAGGCGCAACGAUACAGACACGGAACGACACGAGAAGCUCGUCAAACUCCUCCUUUCACAUGGUGCAAAUGUGCAAGCUACUACUUCGGACGGGCAAACAGUGCUCCAUAAUGCGGCACACGCCGGCAACCUCGACCUCGUGAAGUAUGUGGUUGAGCAUGGCGUGAAUGUGAAUGCCAUCACUUCAAAUGGGGAGACGGCUUUGCAUUUAGUUGGCCACUACUUAAGUCCAUUUGCCCCUCAGAUAGCCCAAAGGCUCGCGAUUACACACUUUCUUCUUGAGAAUGGUGCCGAAAUCAACGCCCGAGAUCAGACAGGAUCAACACCGUUACAUGCUUCUUGGUCCUGCGCUCACCACUUCAGCCAUAGUCCCGAUAUGUUCAGCUUGUUCCUGAAGAAAGGCGCCGACAGACUUGCGACGGAUGGUCAGAUGCGGACGCCGAUUGAUCUCAUUGAUCGUGAGAGAUGGAUGUUGGACGAGGAUGGCUUCGUAUGUUUAAAACCUAAGCCAGCUCCCAUUCUUUCUACGAGAGGAGGAAGGGGAGGAUGGAGAGGCAGAGGGAGAGGAAGAGAAGAUUGA